UUUGUAUAAAGCGGCUGUAGAAAUUAUACGAGUCAAGAACAACAGUCUACAUCUACAUGCUACUAUGGGCAUGUAGUUAUUGUGCGGUCGCUGAUGCUUGAAAUAUAUGUGCCGUUUGAGUUGAGUCAUGCAUACGACACGCACAUGGCUACAGAAAAGCGGUAGAUAUAGACUAGGUAAACACGCUCUAGUUCUUGUAAAUCUAUGGCCUUUUAUGAACUGCUGUGUACCAUAAUAUGUGCCCGUGUGUUCGAGCGGAUUGAAAACACUUUAAAACCCUGUUGUUACUUCACAGUGUACGUCGAGACGAGUUUGUCUUAGGCUCAUAUUGGAUCGAAUUCAGUCUUGAAUAAGUUGACCCAAAUAUAAAACAAGAAAUCUAGCGGAUCAAACUCUGAUAAGCGUCGAGCGACACAAACGGACGGACACGGCGAAAUGUUUUUGCUCGCGCUUACAAAAGGCCUUCAAUUGGAUCCACUUCCACCAGCAAAGUCAUUUCUCAACUCCUCUGUACCACACGCACCAGUUCGCAAACCUGAUCUCACUGAAUUAGAGCGAAAGGUUGCAUUGAAAAAUGCCCUUCGAUAUUUUCCUGAUAGCUGUCAUUCGGUUUUAGCUCCUGAGUUUGCUGAAGAACUAGUGGAGUAUGGCCACAUUUAUAUGUACAGAUUUAUACCAGAUUUUGAAUUGAAAGCAUAUCCUAUCGAUCAAUACCCAUGCAAAGUACGACAUGCAGCUGCGAUAAUGCACAUGAUAAUGAAUAACUUGGAUCAUAAAGUUGCACAGUUUCCACAUGAGCUUGUAACGUACGGAGGGAACGGACAAGUUUUCAGCAAUUGGGCGCAGUUUUGGAUUACUAUGCAAUAUCUAUCAGAAAUGGCGGAAGAUCAAACCUUAGUAAUGUGUUCUGGACACCCACAAGGAUUGUUUCCAAGCUCAAAACAAGCACCAAGAGUAGUUAUCACUAAUGGCAUGGUGGUUCCUAAUUAUUCUUCCAAAGAGCAAUACGAAAAGCUGUUUGCUCUGGGGGUAACAAUGUAUGGCCAAAUGACAGCUGGAAGUUACUGUUACAUCGGGCCUCAAGGAAUCGUUCAUGGAACAACAUUAACUGUUAUAAAUGCUGGCAGAAAAUAUCUCAAUACAGAGGAUUUGUCUGGAAAAGUUUUUGUUACGAGUGGACUUGGUGGAAUGAGUGGUGCUCAAGCUAAAGCUGGAGUGAUAGCCGGAUGCAUUUGUGUAGUAGCAGAGGUUGAUGAAAUUGCACUUUUGAAAAGGCACGAACAAGGAUGGUUGAUGACAUGGACCGACAAUUUGGAUGAAUGUAUUAAAUUGAUUAAAGAUCAUAAGAAAAAGAAAGACUCUAUUAGUAUUGGAUAUCUAGGAAAUGUUGUUAAUUUAUGGGAGCGUUUGGUACACGAAUACGAACAAACCGGUGAACUUCUCGUAGACUUGGGUUCUGAUCAAACAUCAUGUCACAAUCCUUAUGGUGGAGGUUAUCAACCUGUGGGAAUUAGUGUCGAAGAAUCCAUACAAUGCAUUGCAAACAAUUCUGACAGGUUCAAAGCCCUCGUGAAAGAAUCAUUGAAACGUCACAUAAACGCGAUAAACAAGCUGGCAAACGCUGGAAUGUUUUUUUGGGAUUAUGGCAAUGCUUUCUUGUUAGAAGCAAAGAGAGCUGGGGCCGAUGUUUUGAAAUCAGGUUGCGGCGAUGAAUUCAAAUAUCCUUCAUAUGUGCAGCAUAUAAUGGGUGACAUAUUUUCUCUCGGAUUCGGGCCGUUCCGCUGGGUGUGUACUUCUGGCAACGACGCAGAUCUUGAACUUACCGACAAACUAGCGGCGGAAGUAAUCGAAACUUUGAUGAAAGAGAAUCCUCCUGCAAAAGUUCUCAAUCAAUACAAAGAUAAUCUUCGAUGGAUCAGGGAGGCUGGUAGACAUAAAAUGGUUGUAGGAUCACGUGCAAGGAUUCUUUAUUCUGACCACAGAGGUCGAGUUUCCAUAGCAAAGGCCUUUAAUGAGGCAGUAAGCGACGGUCGUCUCUCUGCUGAAGUUGUCAUAAGUAGAGAUCAUCAUGACGUCAGUGGUACCGACAGUCCAUUCCGAGAAACGUCAAAUAUAUACGACGGAUCAUGUUUUUGUGCAGAUAUGGCUGUUCAGAACUGCAUUGGCGGCUCCUUUCGUGGGGCGACGUGGGUUGCACUUCAUAAUGGCGGAGGCGUGGGUUGGGGAGAGGUUAUCAAUGGUGGAUUCGGUUUAGUGCUCGAUGGCUCUGAAGAAGCCAAGAUGAAAGCUGAACUCAUGUUAAAUUGGGAUGUUAACAACGGAGUGGCGAGAAGGUCAUGGUCUGGAAACUCAAAUGCCUUUAACACGAUCAAAUUGGCAAUGACCCAAAACAGGAACUUAAAAGUCACACUGCCGCAUGACGUCGUUGAUGAUGAAAUUUUGAAGACCGCUUUCACAAAAUUACAUGGUUAAAAUAAAUAUUUUCGCAGAAAUAUUUUUUCUGUUCUAUUGUCAGUCUCUAUUGGUGUGAUUAAUAUUAAGGAUAUUAAGGAUUAAAA